GAACGACGCCGUGGGCGGCCUAUAACCACCCAACCACAUUCUAUCUAGUACUCGCCAUCAUAAUGUCCUCGGGCGAUGAAAUGGACGCAUUGAAGGCUACGACGCGUCCAAAACCUCGUAAAAGGCAGCGCACCGUGUCCCCACAGCCGUCAACGUCUAAGCAAUCAAGUAAUCGUAAACUAAUAACAGAAUCUUCCUCUUCCCCCCCUUCCUCUUCAGACGAUAUCGAGCUCAUCGAUCCGCCACCUAAUCUACCCGCGAGUACGGCCCGUCCACAGAGAAAGAAGGGGCUGGGCAAGGCAUCCGAAAGUCGCAUUAACGGGAAAGUCCCAGAAAGCCAGGCAAAGGGGAAAGCACCGGAGAGUCAAGCAAAGGGGAAAGCACCAGAGAGUCAAGCAAUGGCAAAAGACACUCACGUCAAACCAAAACCCGUCAAGCCUGCUGCCAAGAAACUUCCCUCUCCAAUUCUCAUUGCUGAAGACCCCUCAAAUCAUAGUGAACCAGAGCACGAACCUGAGAAACCACCCUUGAGCCCACGUAUCCACAAGGAGCUUGAGCGAUGGAAGGCAAAGACAAAAGAUUUGGAGCAUCAGCGCGACAAACUUUCGCAGCAACUCGAGGAACUCUUCCAGGUUCGCAAAACAGAUGCUGAACAAGCUCUUGAUGACCUUACGGCUCUAUAUGAUGGUCGUUCAAAAACACAAGACUCCAUCAUAACAGCCCUCCAAACACAACUCGCCUCCCAGUCGCCCUUCUUCCGGACAUCUGAACCUGAGCCAAAUCCUCCGUCCAGGUCGACACACCCACCUCCCAGUUCGAGCACUUCAGCCAUUCCUCACUUCCUCACUCGCGCUACAGCUGAUGCUGAACAGCGCACACUGCACGAUAAGCUCGCACACAUGCGGGACGAACUUGCAGCUAAGGACAAAGUUGUCGAGGAGCGUGAACGGCGAAUUGCCGAGCUUGAGCAGAGUGUGAAAGAUAUCCGCGUUGAACUUGACGCCGAGAUUGCGCGCUCAAAGCAGCUUCUCGCACGACAACCACACCCCCACACCAAGACCUCCUCCACAGAUGCAGACCCAAAACACUCUGCAACCAUCCAAUUCUACGAGGAUUUUUCAAACCUCUUGGUCUUGAACAUCAAAUGGGAGCCGCGCGAGGGCAUAGAAGACGACAUCGUGCAUACGUGUGUGUAUACGUAUGUCGCGACGGUGAAGGAUGAAACCGACGGGUGGGAGCAUGUCGAGAGGUCAAUAUCCUUCUCCCUCCGUGCCUACACCGAGUUGUCAGAUUCUGAAGACACGGAAGUGGACCGGCGCGUCAAGUAUACUCCUCUCGAGCUUGACAAAUUGAGCGAUGAUUUCAAGGAACGCCUUGGCUUCCUAGCGAGUGGGUUUACGUUCCCGCACAAACAGGCUGCGCUAUUUUUGGGGAGCCUGACGCGCCAGAUGGAGACUGCCUUUGAGAGUGAGAGGAUGGGAAGUGCAGCUGACGAACAUGAAAGGAGAGAAGAAAUCGUUGAUGUUGACGAACUUUAGUACUUAUACGGGGGGUGAGCCACGGGUUCACAGAUGCAUCGAUGUUUCCCAGUCUCGUUUGGUUUAUGUACACCCCACAUUACCCCACGGCGAUACCCGUUAUGUAUACAGUACAUACAUGAUACACCUGCGUUGUACUGUCAUUACGUUGGUUUAUCUAUCGUAGAUUCCUGGUUAUGACCACCGAGGAGGGC